AUGGAGAAAUUAUUACAGUGGUCGAUUGCCAACCAGUCCGAUGACAAGGAGGUGCAAGCUAGAGCACCAAAGCCGGAUCCAGAGCUCCUCUCUCAGUUGUUCGGACAAGCCGCCGACGAACCGACGCUGAUGAAGCAGAACAUGGCCGUGAUUGUGAGUCCUGAAAUUGAUUUGGAGAACAAGCUUGUUGCGUUCGACAAUUUCGAGAUGUUGAUCGAGAACCUCGACAACGCCAAUAACAUUGAGAACCUCGAGCUCUGGGAACCGCUUCUAAGCCAGCUGAGCAGUCCAGAAAAUCAGCUGCAAGCGCUGGCUUGCUCUUGUAUCGGAACGGCUGCACAGAACAACCCUAAGUCGCAGAAAGAUUUCCUUAAGUAUGCGGAAACAGAGAAUGGAACAGCCAAGCUCGUCGAGUUGGCUUUGACCUCGACGCCAGAAACAAAAUUGAAGGCCAUCUAUGCCUUGGCAAAUAUUGUGAGACACAACGAAAAAGGAGUGGAAUCUUUUGAGAAACACAACGGAUGGGAAGUCAUUGCACCUAUUCUGAAUAACACCUCUUCGCCAGAAAAGUUGAAACUCAGAGCGCUAUCCUUGCUGAACGCUUCGCUCUCCACAUCGAUCGACAAGUCUAAGCUGAAGAAGUUGCAGCAGGACGGUGUUGUAUCGUCUUUGCUCAAGCUCAUCAAGGUGGACGGUCACAUUGGAUGCAUAGAUUCGGCCACCAACAUCGUGACCACGUUGAUUUCACACAAGUAUACUUUCGAUGCGGAAGAAAAGAAGCUGUUGUCGCAGGCAGUGGAACAGUUGGAAGCAAUGAAGGAUCAGAUUUCUCACGAGGAUCUCCAGAGAUUAAAGUCAGUAUUGUGA